AUGAAUGUGACGGAGUUGAAUCUCUCGGAUCGCUGUGAGCAUUUCUCCUGUCCAGAGAGAUCUGGAUCUCCUGCAGUUUAUAUCUUACUGUACGUGUGUUCAGCUGCUGUGGUUCUUCUAACAGUGUGUGGAAAUCUGCUCGUCAUCAUCUCUGUUGUUCACUUCAAGCAGCUUCACACACCGACCAACAUGCUCGUGCUCUCUCUGGCUGUGUCGGAUUUCCUCGUUGGUGCUUUUGUGAUGCCUCUGAUGUUAAUCUGGUCGAUUGAAACGUGUUGGAUUUUUGGGAAGAUUUUCUGCACUGUCUUUUGGUUUAUUGGCAGUUUUGUCACAAUUAUAUCCAUCUAUAAUAUCGCUCUGAUCGCUGUGGAUCGCUAUUUGGCUCUUUCACACCCUUUUUUCUACAUGAACAGAGUAUCAGUGACGAUCAGUUGUAUUGUGAUUGUUUUUGACUGGUGUGUAGUGGUGACUUAUGUCCUUGCACUUAUUUAUUUCAAUGGAAACUUCACAGGUUUUGUCAUGUGUCCUGGGGAGUGUUUGCUCUAUCCGAACGAGGUUUGGUUUAUAACGAAUCUUGUAUUUUCUUUUAUAUUUCCACUUUCUGUCAUAAUCAUAUUGUACAGUCGGGUUUUUCUGAUCGCUAAGAAACACGCCACUGCUAUCAGAGAGCUUAAUAAUCACACACGACCUCAAACACAGAAAAUCACCUCCCACUCCAUGAAAUCUGAGAGAAAAGCAGCCAAAGUCCUCGGCAUUUUAGUGGCCGUGUUUGUAGCGUGUUUACUUCCGUAUUAUAUUUGCAGUUUGUUAGGGAGUGUUACUGCAAUACAAGCAGCAAUAUUUGAGAUACUUGUGAUGGUGCUUUAUCUGAAUUCCACCAUUAAUCCGGUUAUUUACGCUCUGUUUUAUCCGUGGUUUAGGAGGUGCAUUAAAUUAAUUAUAACUCUGCAAAUAUUCCAAACAGACUCUGCAUUAAUCAAUGUUCUUACAUGA